GUCCAGUCGGGCACCAACGCGGUGCUGGUGGUGAAGCACCGGGACAUGAACGAGAAGGAGCUGGAGGCACAGGAGGCCCGGCGGGCGCAGCUGGAGAACCACGAGCCCGAGGAGGAGGAGGAGGAAGAGCUGGAGGCCGAGAAGGAGGCGGCGGGAUCAGACGAAGAGCGUGAGAAGGGCAGCGAGAGCGAGGGGGCCGCCAGCGGGGACGAGGAGGAGGAGGAGGACGAGGCCGAAGGCUCCGGCAGCGGCAGCGAGCGCGGGGGGGGCUCCGCCCGCAGCGAGGAGGAGGAGGAGGAGGCCGAGGAGGAGGAAGGGGGGGCCCGGGGGGGUCGGCGGGGGGGCAGCGACGCCGCCAGAGCCGCCCGAGACCAGGAGGAGAUUUUCGGCAGCGACAACGACGACGAGGAGGAGGAGGAGGAGGAAGAGGAGGAGGAGGAAGGCAGCGAGGGGGGGGCACCCCCGCGGAGCCCCCAGCUCAGCGCCAGCGAGGAGGAGGAGGAGGAGGACGAGGAGGAAGAAGAGGAGGAGGAGGAAGACGAGGAGAGUCCCAGCGACGCCUCCGACUCCUCCAGCGAGUGAG